AUUAGUGUCUAAUUAUUUUAGGUUAGAGGGAGUAAUACACUUGAACUUAUUAGCAGUUACUAUUUAAUGAAAGAAUAAUAUUUUUUUUCACAAUAAUAAAUCAGUAUCACCUUCAUUUCAGCGAGCCAAACAGCAUGAGCCGGUGUGCCUUGGCGCCUCGAAUUGCACUGCAGUCACUGAGGUUUGGGUACGAGAGCAGUAGUGCACCGCCACCAAUCUCUGCCGCGCGCGGGAACGCAACUUCUUGGCGCCAUAAUGAUCUCCGGAUUGCGCACGAUCGUCUCCAACCCGCCGUUGCCACGCAUCCCGAGAUACCACAGUAAUAAAAGUCCCCACCGCGACAACGACGUGCCAUGAUGCCGAGCAACGGUAUGGUGUGGACCCCAGGCGUCAUCCACUGAUUAACACGCCAACACCACCGCUCCGUACCGUUUCUUCGGUUAACAAUCCCAUCGAUCGCCUUCGUCCUCCGCCUCCUCUGCGAGCGGCUACUACCUCGCCGUUCGCCACCGCAACCAAUUGGUGGGCCCACGGUCGCAGCGGCUUCACUGUUCCCUGCCGCCCGUGCUCAGUACUAAAAGCUGUAAAAGGACGGGGAGGGCAAAAGGAUCUCUCCAAGCGACAAGAGCAGGCAGCGAGAGAGAGCGAGGGACCGUCCCGUCCGUGCGACGCGAGGGAGGCAACGAGCGAGCACCACCAGACAGACAAGAACCCAACCCACCGUGCAGUGCAGCUCCGUCUCUCUCUCUCGCCGCUGUCCAUUUCCUACUUGCGGCGGCGGCGCGCGCGCGCGAGACACAACCGCAGCACCCCAAGAAAAACACAAAAAGAAACGAGCAUGCCUCCCAACGGCAGCACUGCUCUGCUGCUGCUCCUCCUGCCACAGCUGCUGCUGCUGCAUUCCUUCGCCAAUGCAGGCUCUCUGGACGCCGACGUCGCGGCGCUCUCUGACUUCCGGCUCGUCGCGGACCCGUCCGGCGCCGCGCUGUCGACCUGGAACCUGUCGUCCGCGAACCCGGCGCCGUGCGCCGCGGGGGCGUGGCGCGGGGUCACCUGCGCCGGCGGCCGCGUCACGAGGCUGGUGCUCGAGGGCCUCGGCCUCUCCGGCGCCGCCGCGCUCCCGGCGCUGGCCAGGCUGGACGGCCUCCGCGUGCUCAGCCUCAAGGGCAACGGGUUCUCCGGCGAGAUCCCCGACCUGUCGCCGCUCGCGGGGCUCAAGCUGCUGUUCCUCGCGGGGAACGCGCUGUCCGGCCCGAUCCCGCCGUCGCUGGGGGCGCUGUACCGCCUGUAUAGGCUCGACCUGUCGUCCAACAACCUGUCCGGCGUCGUGCCGCCCGAGCUCGGCCGGCUCGACAGGCUGCUCACCCUGAGGCUGGACUCCAACCGGCUCAGCGGUGGGAUCGACGCCAUUGCGCUGCCGAGGCUGCAGGAGCUCAACGUCUCCAACAAUUUGAUGUCUGGGAGGAUUCCGGCCGCGAUGGCGUCGUUCCCGGCCGCGGCGUUCGGCGGGAACGUCGGUCUGUGCAGCGCGCCACUCCCGCCGUGCAAGGACGAGGCGCAGCAGCCCAAUGCGUCGGCGGCGGUGAACGCGUCCGCGGCAGGGGACUGCCCUCCGGCUUCCGCCAUGGUGGCGGCGUCCUCGCCGUCGGGGAAGCCAGCGGGCGCCGAGGCGUCAGGCGGCGGCGGCGGCAAGGGGAAGAUGAGCGCCGCCGCCGUGGUGGCAAUUGUGGCGGGGGAUUUCGCCGUGGUGGGGCUCGUGGCCGGGCUGCUCUUCUGCUACUUCUGGCCGCGCCUCUCCGGGCGGCGGAGCGGGCGGCGCCUGCAGCAGGGGGAGAAGAUAGUCUACUCCUCGAGCCCUUACGGCGCCGCCGGGGUGGUCGCGGCGGCUGGUGGCGGUGGCGCGACGUUCGAGCGCGGGAAGAUGGUGUUUCUUGAGGACGUGAGCUGCAGCAACGGCGGCACUCGGCGGUUCGAGCUGGAGGAGCUGCUGCGCGCGUCCGCGGAGAUGCUGGGGAAAGGCGGGUGCGGCACGGCGUACAGGGCCGUGCUCGACGACGGCACCGUGGUGACCGUGAAGCGGCUGCGUGACGCCACGGCGCCGGCCGCCGCGUCGAAGAAGGACUUCGAGCACCACAUGGCCAUGCUGGGCCGCCUCCGCCACCCCAACAUCGUGCCCCUCAACGCCUACUACUACGCCCGCGACGAGAAGCUGCUGGUGUACGAGUACAUGCCCAACGGCAGCCUCUUCUCCGUCCUCCAUGGGAACCGGGGCCCUGGGCGGACGCCGCUGGAAUGGGCGGCGCGCCUGCGCAUUGCGGCCGGCGCCGCGCGCGGGCUAGCCUACAUCCACCACUCCGGUCGCCGUGGCAGCGGCACGCCGAAGCUGGCACACGGCAACAUCAAGAGCACCAACAUCCUGCUAGACAGGUUCGGCGUGGCGCGUCUAGCGGACUGCGGCCUGGCGCAGCUGACCCCGGCCGCCGCGGCGGCACGCUCCGCGGGGUACCGCGCGCCCGAGGCGCCCCCGCCGCCGCGUCCCUGGGCGUCGCACAAGGGCGACGUGUACGCGCUGGGCGUGGUGCUCCUGGAGCUCCUGACGGGUCGGUACCCGGGCAGCGAGCUCCCGAACGGCGGCGUGGUGGUGGAGCUCCCGCGGUGGGUGCAGUCCGUGGUGCGGGAGGAGUGGACGUCGGAGGUGUUCGACCUGGAGCUGAUGAAGGACAAGGGCAUCGAGGAGGAGAUGGUGGCGAUGCUGCAGCUGGCGCUGAGCUGCGCCGCGGCGGCGCCCGAGCAGCGGCCCAAGAUCGGGUACGUGGUGAAGAUGAUCGACGAGGUCCGCGCGUGCGGGGUGGCGGUGGAGGGGUCCGCGUCGCCGUCGCACGAGUCCAUGUCCAUGGACGAGUCCUCCGGCGUCUCCGACUCCCCCGCCGUGUCCGAGGGCGGCGGCGGCGGCGGCGCGCUCAGCCAGUGACGGGCGACCUGGUGGUGUUGGUGGUGGUCCUUCGGAAUUGCCUUGUGAUGCGUGCCUUCGAUUUAAUUGCUCUUGUUUUCUUGUUGCUUUUUUGGGGGUGACGUGGAUUAGCCAGGGCCGUUGGAUCCGGUGAUCGGCGUGUAUAUGGGUUAGCUGGCUCUGAUUCUGAUCGUUUUGCUCCUGUUUUUUUAACUGGCAGUAGAUCCCUAGAGUGAGUAGCUGCGGCGGCGUUUUGUGUGAGGAAAGUUGUGCUAAUGGCGUGAGUGGAUCAUGACUCUGUGUGUCAUUUGGUGCAUCUUUUUACGGCUACAGUGGUGUUGUUAAUUUGGGCGAUAGUAACCCUGUCAUGUCCUUGGCUGAUUGAUCCAUGGCGGCUGCGCUAAUUUCAACUGCUGUUUGCAGA